AUGGCUAAAAGUGAACCGCUUGAUGAAAUUCAAUGGAAGAGUCCUGAAUGGAUUCAACAAUUCGGUCUCCAUACACAAAAUGUAUUAGAUUAUUUCUCUGAAUCUCCAUUUUAUGAUAGAACAUCAAAUAAUCAAGUUAUUAAAAUGCAAUUACAAUUCCAAACGGUUCCCUUAAAUGUACAUCCUCAAACAUAUAUUGAGAGCAAAUUAUUAGAAAUGGUGGGGAUCGAAUUUGCUAUAGUGCAUGUCAAAGAACCGGGCUUUUGGAUCAUUCGUAAACAAAAUAGAUUAAGUCCAACUUCAACCAUUGUUCAACAAGAUUAUUAUAUAAUUGGUGCAAAUAUUUAUCAAGCACCAAAAGUAUACGACAUCUUAUCGUCAAGGUUAUUGUCAUCAAUUCGAUCUGUGAAAUCCUCUUUAGAUCUAUUAAAUAAAUUAAGUAAUUAUGAUGUUGGAUAUGGUGGUCAUUCAUAUCCAAGUAUUAAUGAUCGAUCGAAUAUUGAUCAGUCUGUGACCAUGACAAAUACAAACACAGUGGCCAACACAGUGGCUAACACUGCAACCCCAAUGAUAAUGACUCCAAGUAUUGGCACUGGAGGUAAUAUUGGGGGCAAUAAUGCGGCUACCAACUCCGCUUCAAACACUAAUAUUAAUACGGUUAUAAAUCCAAAUAUUGCAAAUAAUAGUACUAUCAAUAAAAUCCUGUCAAGUACAUUUGAUGGACUUUUGAGCUCAGUGAUGAAUCUGGCUGAACAGGGGACAUAUCUUGAUGACAUCCCAUUGUAUGGUAAAGGCAGUACAGUUGAAAGAAUGGAUCUAAAGAUAAAUCUUGAAGAUGACGAUGAGUAA